AACGAGCCACCCGGUGACAGUGAGGAAGAUACUGACCCCUGUGUCUAUCUUGUGUUUGCUAUUUAGGUAAAUGUAGUUGGCAGAUUCGACACGGGAAAUGAUUGAGGGGUUUAGCCACGCACGCCUGUUGUUAGCCACGCGAUAACGUAGCACACGGGCUCGACGUUAUAUAUGUAUUUAAUAAAUUAAAGCUACGUUGUUUUUAAUGACCGGCGCGGAACGAAGUGAAUUCGCGUCGAAAGUGCAGCUAGCGUCGGAGGUGGGUUAGCCUAGCGGUGUAUUGUGGGAGAGACAGGGAGCCACAGAGCACAGGCUCACACAUACACACACACACACAUACAAUAUGUGUUGGCUCUCGCCGUAAGGGAGGCAGUAUUCUUCAAGCUAAAUCAUGUAAUGUAAGCGGCGAAAAGGGAGAGCGAUUUCGUCUUUUCACCAAUUCAAGAAAAACCCGCACUCGAUCGGACGAACAAUGUCCAAGCCAGGCGAGAGAAACAGACUGAACGAAGACCAUGGUAGAAAGCAGAGUUCAAGUUUGGCGAACGGCAUGGACAGCAGUCAUCCUGUCUGCGGCUCGGCGGAGAAGCGGAGUCACCACUGGAGAAGUUACAAGUUGAUCAUCGACCCGGCGCUGAAGAAGGGGUCACACAAACUGUAUCGCUACGAUGGACAGACUUUCAACAUGCCCAACUCCGGAAUUCCACCGGUGGACAUCGUCCGAGACCCGAGGAUCGGCCGUUUGUGGACUAAGUACAAAGAAACGGAUUUACCGGUGCCUAAAUUUAAGAUCGAUGAGUGUUACAUCGGCCCCGUGCCUCCUAAGGAGGUGACAUUUGCCAGGCUGAAUGACAACAUCAGGGAGGGAUUUCUCAUGGACAUGUGCAAGAAAUUUGGGGAAAUCGAGGCGGUCGAGAUCCUGUACAACCCAAAGAACAAGAAGCAUUUGGGAAUUGCCAAAGUUGUUUUUGAGAAUGUGAAAGCUGCCAAGGUGGCCGUGCAGUCGCUGCACAACACUUCUGUUAUGGGAAACCUCAUCCACGUGGAGCUGGACCCGAAAGGUGAGAAUCGCCUCAGAUACUUCCAGCUCCUGAUGAAUGGCAGCUACACUCCGAAGACUCUGCCUGUUGGUGGAGAGGAAGCUAGAGAAGUUUCCCCUCGUAGCCUAGCAGAGGCCUUGCUGGCCUGUGAACCCAUCCGUAGGUUGUCAGAAAGCAGCCUGUCAGCCGCGGGAUCAACGUUACCACCCAGCAGCUCCACCACUCCGCUGUCCCUGGAGACAGGCUACUCCAGCCUAAGGCAGGACACACCCCAGUCCCAGGGAACCCCUCACACCCCACGUCAGACAAGUACACCCUUCUCGCAAGACUCAAAUUACUCCAGUCGGCAAUCCACGCCUGCGUACCAGUCCAGUCGGCCUGAGAGCUCCGGAGGAUACAAAUCCCGGAGACACGAGAGUAAGUUCCAGGAUGCAUAUAACCGCAGACCGGAGAGGCCUCAGUACCGCAGCAACAUGUACCGAAGUUCAACGUCUGAACAAGCUCCCUUCAAGCAGCAUCAACUCACCCCACCUGAACCUCCACUUUCCACCCCAUCUUUCACCUACACAACAACUCCUUCUGCUACGCCCACUUUCAAGUCCACAAUACCAUCCUACCAGGCUCCUCUGCCCCCUGCAUUCCCCCCGUCAGAGCCGACUUACCAUCACACAGCUCAAAGGGAGGAGGAAUACCUCCGACCACCACAGCCGCCACCUGAAGCUGCCACUGACUUUGUGCCCAUCAAGGAGAGACCAGAAACUCCUCCAAUCCCGGAGCCCCCACCUGAGCCAGCGGCCCAACCAGCCACCCCUCCUCCUCAGACUCCAGAACACUGCCCCUCACCGGGGUCCCCCACGCUGGAUCCAGAGCGCAAUAGCCUGGAUUCCCGCAUAGAGAUGCUCCUCAAAGAGAAAAGGACAAAACUGCUGCCUUUCCUGGAGGAACGAGAUUCGGACACUGAGGUACGAAUGGUGGGAAGUCCGAUUUCCUCCUCAUCCUCUCAGCUAUCCCCAAUUCCCCCUUACACAAGUGGCGGGCAGCAAAAUUCCCGUCCCUCAAGCACAGGCUUGGAGGAUAUCAGUCCAACACCACUGCCAGACUCGGAAGAUGAGGAGCCAAUUCCUGGAACUGCCUCGCUGGUCAAGAGAAUCAGUUCACCUGUCCAUGAGAAGAUGAGCAACAGUGACCUCAAAGACGGACAUUUCCGAUGCCACACUCCCACUGAUAACAUAGAUACGGCUCAACAGUCGUCGGGAGAAGACAUGGAAAUCUCCGAUGACGAAAUGCCCGGGACACCAAUCAACAGUGGAGAAUGUGGCAAGGGCAUCGUUGUCAACACUGCAGUGUCACCGAUGCAGACCAUUCCCAUGCCUCACCCUGGUUUUCCCCAUCUAGCACACCAAGCCGGCUUCCCAAUCCAACAUCACCACCUGGCCCCUCACUCUGCCGUCCCGGGACAUCCCGCUCACCUGGCUGCUCAUCCUCAUCACAUGCUCGCGCACAUGGCUCCCUACGCACACAGCAUGAUGCCACUGGUGCAAAUGGAGCUAAUGAACUGCCUGCGGUGGGAACAGUGGAGCACAGUUCCCAUGUCCUUCCAGAUGCAGCAGCAGAUGCUGAGUCGCAUCGCUCAGACUAGAGGGCCCUUUCCAUAUCCACAUUUUAUGGACAGUGGCGCAACAGCGCCGUUUGGUGGGCCUUACACACCACUGUCCGUCGGUGCUGCACCUGCGAACGGCAAUGCAGGGACACCUGGGCAGCAAUGGCAGAGUCCCAGUAUACCAAAGUUCAACCCUACUGUCCCUCCGCCUGGAUACGAGGGUAAAAAGGAGGACCCGCACAAGGCCACGGUGGAUGGUGUUCUCUUGGUCAUUGUCAAGGAGCUGAAGGCCAUCAUGAAGAGGGACCUACACCGCAAAAUGGUAGAGGUGGUGGCUUUUAGAGCUUUCGAUGACUGGUGGGAUAAGAAGGAACACUCAGCAAAGACUUCACUGACUCCAGUGAAGGGUGCAGACGUGAAAGAAGAAGAAAGACCCAAACCCAAAGAGACCAUGGGUUCAAGUCUGCUGGAGAACUGGAACAAGGGUGAAGGACUGGGCUAUGAGGGAAUGGGCCUGGGAAUCAGUUUGCGAGGCGCCAUCCGUCUGCCUUCUUUCAAGGUGAAAAGGAAGGACCCACCUGAGGCUGCUGCAGCGAGCGACAGUAAACGAGCCAGACCGUCUACUCCAGUAGACGAUGAGCUGGAGGAUGAAGACCGUGAUCGAGACACAGCCGGGCUCCCCUUGGACAGUUCAACAGUGGACGCCGAUGGCCUGUCUGCAAAGCGACGGCACUCCCGACCACUUGAACUGGACAGUGAGGGAGAGGAGGAGGUGGACACCUCAGGGAAGGAGGAGUCUCUGUCUGACAGGGAGGAAGAACCUGAUAAAACGAAGCCUACAGCCACGCUGUCGACCGGCGAGGAAAGUGGCGACGAGGAGAGCGAUGAUGAGGAGAAGGAAGACUCAUCCAGCGUGAGCGCUUCCUCGGAUUCAUCUGAUGACGAGAGUUCAGCUUCCUCCAAGGCCAGCUCGGACUCCUCAGCAGAGAGCGGAGACUCCUCCGACAACGAGCUAAGCUCAGAAGAUGAAGAGGAGGCAGGGGAGACGGGAGUAGACGACGCGGAGGACAGAGACAAAGAGGCAGUGACGUCCUUGACCUCUUCAUCCUCGGCGUCUUCGUCUUCUGAUGAAGAAGAGGGAGCGGGGGCAGAGGCCAAGCCGCCGAGUCCACCUGCAGCACCAGUCCUCGAGGCUCAUGAGGAUAAGAGCAGCAAAGAGGUGAUGAGCAGCAAGACCAAACGCAGGCCUCCGAGUCCUAAAGAGGAGCCAGUGGAUCUGAAGCCACCGUCACCAAAAGGCAUCGCAGUCAAAGAGCGAGACAUCGGAGAUGGAAACAUUUCCGCAGUGAAGUCUGAACCUCAGGAGCACGUAGCAGCAGCGCCCCUUCGGCCGCCAACUCCCACAGGCUCCCCGCCCGACAGUGACCAGGAGGGAAAAGCCAAAGGUAAAACAAAGCCUGUGGAAGUAGCCUGCACCCCUGGUCAAUUAGCCACACCCCACUUGGAUUCAAGCACACCUGUCCCCAAACCCGUUUCCACACCAGCAAUGCACCUGCCUCUCCCUCCUCACCCUGCCAUAGAAGGUCGUUCCCUGCUUCAUCCACCUCCUGGUCCCCUACCUGACCUCCCACAGCGGCCCAGGCUCCCCACGGACGAGGACAUACCCCGCACACCCGGCAGGGACCUAAUGGACCGAGCUCGGGGUCUUGCAAAGUCCCAGAGCACGGACGCGGUGCCCGUCACACCUGGUGGUGAUGCUCCGCUUACAGGCAGCAGCCUGUUGCUCAGCUCGCCUCACAUCCCUGGCAGCCCCUUCUCUUACCCGGCUCAAUCCCCUGUCCUUAGUGCCGGAGUCCCCCGCACUCCAGGAAGAGACUUAACCUUCACCCCCGUCUUCCCUGACCCCACAGCACUAGCACUUAAUAGAAAAGUAUCCUCCGAGAGCCUGGACGAUAGACCAGUUUUUAAGGAACCACCCAUUAGUGCACUGCCUCAACAAGCCCCGUCAGAGCACUCUGCUAGUGUCCCUGAAGAUCUGCCUUCCGGUCUCACUGUAGACGUCCCUGUGCCAUCAGACACUGCUGCAUCGAAGAAAAAACCUGGACGACCCAAAGGCAAAAAGAUCCCAGCUGCCUCUGAGGCCGAUGAGUCUUUAGAGCUUUCGUCUAAUUCUGCCCCUCUGCCUCAUGAAGCUCGCCUUGAAGAUCUCGCCGCGAAAGUCAUCUCGGCCAAGUCUCCCAACCACAAGAGUCUGGACUUCCGGGAAGGAGACGCAGAGCCUCAGACGGACCUGCCCGGAGAAGACGGCUUCCUGUCCUAUGAAGACGAGGCGCCCGUGAUCGCGAAGCCGACUCGGAGGGCGCGGCGAGGCUGGGAGGAGCUGCUGCUGAACAGCCUGUCCCCGGUCACCACGCCGCCCCGACCGUACUUCAAGCCACGGUCCGACUUUGAGGAGAUGACCAUCCUGUACGACAUCUGGAACGAGGGCAUCGACGACGAGGACAUCCGCCUCCUGCAGAUCACUUAUGACAAGAUGCUGCAGCAGGAUAAUGGCAACGACUGGCUCAACGACACACUCUGGGUCAACCAUCCUCCUACCAACAUCCCUGGAGUGAAGAAAAAGAGGAGAGACGACGGUAUGAGGGAUCACAUGACGGGCUGCGCCAGAAGUGAAGGCUACUACAAGAUUGACAAGAAGGACAAGAUCAAGUACCUCGAGAGCACGCGGCUGGAGUCGGAGGAGCCGCCGGUCGACACUCAGGGAAUGAGUAUUCCAGCGCAGGUCCACGCCUCUACCAGAGCUGGCUCGGAGCGGCGGUCAGAGCAGCGGCGUUUGUUGUCAUCGUUCGCGUGCGACAGUGACCUGCUGAAGUUCAACCAGCUGAAGUUCCGUAAGAAGAAGAUCAGAUUCUGCAAGUCGGGCAUCCACGACUGGGGUCUGUUCGCCAUGGAGCCCAUCGCUGCUGAUGAAAUGGUCAUCGAGUAUGUGGGACAGAACAUCAGACAGGUGAUCGCAGACAUGCGGGAGAAGCGCUACGAGGAGGAGGGCAUCGGCAGCAGCUACAUGUUCCGCGUCGACCACGACACCAUCAUAGACGCCACCAAGUGUGGCAACUUUGCCCGUUUCAUCAACCACAGCUGCAACCCGAACUGUUACGCAAAGGUCGUCACGGUGGAGUCUCAGAAGAAGAUCGUGAUCUACUCCAGGCAGCCCAUCAACGUCAACGAGGAGAUCACGUACGACUACAAGUUCCCCAUCGAGGACGUGAAGAUCCCGUGUCUGUGUGGGGCGGAGAACUGCAGAGGAACGCUGAAUUAAAAAGAAAAAGAAGAAUCUGUCACGGGACGGGGGCGUCAACAACUUCUGCUCCCUCUGAAAGUCUCUCCACCCCCCCGGAACUUCAGCCCCAGACGAGCAGCGACUGAAGAAUGGGGAGGUUUUUUGUUUUUUUUAAUUUGGGAGGAGAAAGAACCUGCACGUGGAACUCCUCGCACAUUGAAAACUCUAGAUUGUUUACGAUUUAUGGUGCUCUUGAAAUGAAAAAAUGCAUAGUUUUUUAUGUCAUGCCAGUGACCCAGAAUUUACAGAACACUUUGACUCCCUGGUGAAGCAUUUCCUCCUCCUCCUCCUCCUCCUCCUCCUCUCAGCGUCGGACAGUGUUUUAACUCGGCUCGCUCUACUUUGAGUGCCGGUUUGUACAGUUUUACACUUAUUUUUUUCCCCCUCUCUCUCUCUCUCUCUCUCUCUCAUUUGUCUCAUAAGCUUUACAUACACCACACAUGACACGAAAACAAAAACACAGCUGCUCACGAACACUGAGACGCACAAGCUCGCGAGGAAAACUCCGACGUCGUUGCCACCCGAGCAAACGGCACGUGAGCAUUUUUCGCUCCUACCUCCUCUGGAAAAGUCAAGCAGCAGAAAGAAAAGAAACCAAGUCCAAUCCUGCCACAAAAUCUACAGAAAUCACACGUGCGCUCACCAGCCAACGAUGGAUCGAGCUGCUUCCUUGUCGUUUAUGCAAAAAGCCCGAAGAGGAAAAGUGCAAAAUUUGUAUUAUUAUUAUUAUGAUAUAUGAUACGAAUGAUAUUCCAGCGUCUGUUUGUUUGUUUGUUUGUUCUUUCUACUUCAGCUCUGCUCGCUUUGUUUUUUUUCCCCUUUCAAAUACACUAUUAUAUUUGUGAGCGUGUGAAUGUGAUAUCGAGUAUUAAAUCAUCUCAUCGUUGGCUGUGAGGGACGGACACCGUGCAGAAGAUUGAGCUUUGAUUGUGUCAUACAAACGUCUUUGUCUUCAGAAGACGGAAAUUCACCUGUAACUAUGGCGACAUUAGUGCUUUCUCACAAACGUGGGUAUUUGAUGAUGAUGAUGAUGAUUCGCUCUCACGUGUGUGUCUUUCCUCAUCGAUUCCACUUUGAAUGCAACACUUUAUUAUUACUCUGACAGUGUUUAACCUUCCCGGCGAGGCAUUAAGUGUUUCUACGACUCAGCAGAUUUUAUGGCAGUCAGUGAGGGGCGGCUCAUCCUUUAUACAGUCAUUAAGAAGAAGAAGAAGAAGAAGAAAAUGAAAGGAAAUGUAUGUGAAUGCACUUGAGGACUUGCACUUCUGUGUUACGCUCUCUUACGUCAGCCCACUCCCUCACCCCCCAACACCAAGUCAGUCAUUGUUCCUCAUUCACGUUUGAUUUUUCUUUUCCACCUGUAAUGUUUAUAUUGUAAAUGGUUACUUGUACAGAAGAUCUAAAGUUUGUUUUUUCAUCUUCACAGGGUUAACACUUUUAAGACGCGUCCUUUCACUCUUUAUCUUUCUUUCUUUCUUUCUUUCUUUUCUUU